AUGAGCGUUCGCGAGGAGUUCCCCACGAAGACAUCGGAGGCGUAUGGCUUCAAGCCAGUGUUCUCACGACAGCUUGUCACAUCUUUUGGCGAGAACCUGCCUUUUGUACGGUAUAACUGUCUUGCGGUCAGCAGCAAGCAUCGGUUAUUCGCUGCCUGCGGGGCAGCAGAGGUGGUGAUCGGGUCGUUGGAGGCACUGCGGCAGUGGGGUGAGAGCGGUGACGAGCUGGAGCUGGUAGCCCGGCAUGCUGCGCAGGAUGUUGUGGGCGUGGGAUUCUGCCGGGACGUAGUCGUUUAUGCGACAAGGGCGGGAGAGCUGUGGAGCCGGGAGGUGGGCAGCACAGGACAGUGGUCGCAGCGGUCCGUGGGCGCUGGGACGGUUGGCAUGCACUGCGUUGGCGCGUACGCGCUGCUGCUGCGGGCAUCGGGUGAGGUGCUGCGUGUGCACGUGGGCAACGGCCAGCAGGAAAGCAUUGCUUUGGACGUGUGCGACUUCGACGCGCGAGGCAGCGAGGUACUGUAUCUCGAGCGCGGCUUCAGGCUGCGCAUGGCGAACGUGGGCGGCGGUGAGGAGCGGCGGGUGGAGCUGCCCGACGACAUGCGGGAGGAAGAUACGCAGCCCAUCGCGGUCAGAUACCUGUCGCGUGAGCAGGCGCUGGUGGUGGUGGGAGAAGAGACACCCGAUGAUGCGGACGAGGUGGUGUAUGCGCACAAGAUGUAUGUUGUGUCACUUCAGUCGGGCGAUGCUCGCGAAAGCUUUGACAUUUUGCCUGCGUUCGGCAGCGUGAAGCGCAACCCUGCGUACUAUGGCUGCACACUGUAUAACCUGGCGUCAGAUGGUAGACAGCUACACGUGCUUGCGUCGUCGUGCUCGUCUGAAUUGACGUUGCUGGACGACGCCGAGGUGCUACAGCCACUGCAGGAUGCGGACCGCGCUGUGCUGCGCAUUAACCCGGAUACAGAUAACGACACCAGUGCUCUUGGUUUGGCGCUGGAUGUGGUUACUCGAAUGCGCGUUGUUGAGCCGUGCGCGGGAGUGGAUGCAGCCUCUGAGCUACCUCUGGCAUACGUGCUGAAUAAUCUUGGUGUGUUGGAAUGCUGGGCUCUGUACCAAUCCGAUGCGCUAAAAGCGGGUAAACUGUCGCUCGAUGCAACAUUAAAUGAGUUGAUCAGGGAAGCUGAGUCUAUUAGCAGCGAAUCUCCAGAGGAGCACAUCCAAGAUAUAUCCCAGUCGCCUGCUGAACCUACAAAGUCAUCUACUUUUAAUGCGAUCAGUACAAAGAGCGAUCAGCCUGAUGCGGCAGCUUCCCCUGAAAACACAAAUAUCAUCUCGCCAUCUCCGAAGCCUGCGUUUGGGUCCGGAAGAGUUUUUGGUACACCUGCAUUUGGCCAUCAAUCGAUGGAAUCUAUUGCGCCGAGUGGCGCCACAAUGGUCCCAAGUCAUGGAACCACUUUCGGGCAGGACACUAAUUCCAUGCAGACAGAUGCCAAUCCCGACAAAACAGAAGAUCAAAGGCACCAAUGGCCUUCUAGUACAUCGCAUCCCUUUGGAGUACCGCCCCCAGGCACAACUUCAAACAACGAACCGCAUUCUAGCAAGUCAAACGCAGUUACUGGCGGUAACACUGGUAACGCUCCAGAGAACCCAUCUUCUGGCACAUCCACUUUUGGGAAACCGGCCUUUGGUUCAGUCACCACCCCGGGAACUAUAUUUGGCACUCCUGGUUUCGCCUCAGCCAAAACAGCAGUUUCUGCUUUUGGGCAGCCUGCUUUUGGAGGAAGUGCUUUUGGGAAGCCCGUUUUCGGCGAGGGUUCCUCAGCGGAGCCUGCCUCUGGAGAGGAACCCGGGAAGUCUGCCUUUGGAGAAAGCGCAUUUGGGAAGCCUGCCUUUGGAGAAAGCGCAUUUGGGAAGCCUGCCUUUGGAGAAAGCGCAUUUGGGAAGCCUGCCUUUGGAGAAAGCGCAUUUGCGAAGCCUGCCUUUGGGAAGCCUUCCUUUGGAGAAAGUACUGCGACAAACCCGAAGUCAGAGGAAAGCGCCUUUGGGAAGCCCGCCUUUGGCGCAAACGCCUUUGGGAAACCCGCUUUCGGUGAAAGUCCUUUUAACAAAUCUAUACCUGGAUCCCCAUUCGCAAAGCCCUUCGGCGCAGGUUUACCUGCUUCGUCAAGUCCCUUUGGAAACCUAUCUUCAACCCCCUUUGGGAAGAUAUCUUCAAGUCCUUUCGGACAGUUAUCUGCUAGUCCCGAAGCGAAAGCAGUAAGCCCAUUUGGAAAGACAGCAUUUUCUUCUUCCGCAUCUCCGAGCACCUUUGGAACUCCAGUCUUUAGCGCGGCUCAAGAUACUGAUCAGAAAACGAAUAAAUUAGAAUUCGGAACCGGUAACAGUAUAGACACUUCGGCGCCUAAUUCAAAAAUCACGUCCCCAAAUUCCGCCACACAAGGUGCCAUCUCAUCCGCUACAGUAUUCCCAGUAGGGAAGGCCACCGCUGCACAGCAUAAUCAAGAGAAUUUCACUCCGACACCAAUCACCAAAUCUCAUGAAGGUCGGAAGACAAGUGUUAGUAAGGAUAAUGCAGACUUUAUUCAAAAUACUCCUACCAAAGAAAAUCCUGCUCUGAGCCUUCUAAGUCUAAGCGGAAGUUUGGAGCAAACUGUUUCUACUGAAGGCAUGCAAACCGCUAAGGAACAAUUAACAGAUUACUCUGGAGCAACUUCAGAAGGUAUUACUUCGGAGGAGGAGGAGGAUGACGAUUCAUCUAAUGAAUUAGCGGCAUCCGGUGGCGAAGACGAUAGUGGUGAGGACAAUGAGGAGUCUCACGAUGUAGACGAAGGAUCGGUUGUUUCUCCUUCUAUAGGUAACAACAAGUUAGAAGAUUCGUCUGGUAUUUCGGCCACUGCGAAGUCGGAAAAUAAAGCUGAGAUUUCGUCUAUGAAAUCCAUCACAGAAAGGAUUAAGAAAGCUGCAAAUCUUCCAGCGUCUUCGGCCAUUAUGAACAUAACUUCUUCCCCCGAUGCGACACCUGAUAUUAAGCGAGUCGUGUCUCCAUUUUCUGACUUCACGAAUAAAUUGAAUCCACCAGAAGCAAACAAUGGACAGGCUCCUUUCUCUUUCUCAGCUUUAACUAAGAAAGAGCAGGAAUCGGGAACGAGACGUGAAGGUAAUCCAGAGCAUGCCACACUGUCGGAUCAAGACUCUUCUUCAGCAAAGGGAUCUUCUAGGCGCGGGUCAAUAAUAGCGAAGGAAAAUAGGUAUUCCUCUAGCGGCGGUGCGCCGCAAUCCGCACAGGUGCAAAAACCGGGUACAUCAAUAACGAGACCAUCCGAUGUGGCCAUUAGCCCCCAGAAUAGCGCAUCUCUGGACAGUUCAAAUUCUCUUUCUGAUAUUUCAUCCAAUCGCGUAUCAGACGAUGAUCAAAGUUCCCAGCCACCAUCUAGCGAUGAAGGUGAGUCCGAAUCAUCCGAGGUUCCUCCCUCGGAUCCUACGCAUGGUUCCGAACGUCAACUAAGUACUAUCACAGAGGAAUCCGUGGAUUUACCGCCUUCCGCAAAUGUAUCACCGUUUGCAACUGACAACAGUGUUGCGUAUAACAGUAACAGAAAAAUGCAAGUCGACUCUAAUGUUCAAACAAGGCCUUUGCAACUUGCUCACAAAGAAGUUGAUGCAAUCCCGGUAACAGUAAAUACUUUCUGCCAAGCCGCUCCUGCCACUGCCGAUAAAGAAUUACAAACUGAUUCUUCACCAGAACUAGACUCGGCCAUUAAUGCUUUUGAAGGUGAUGAGCAGUAUCUAAGUGAGCAGUAUGCUCCCCGUCGACUUGAAAAGUUCUACACAGAAGCAUACCUGGCCGAUAUCAAGUAUACAUCCAAGAAUCCGACGACCAAGGCUGUCGAAAAAACAUGCCAUGUUAUAAACGCUGAACUGUCUACUCUGAGAUCGAAUAUAAGCAACAUAGGCAAAUUCAUUGAUGACCAGAGCAAGUCACCCUAUCCAAAAAGUGCGGAAUCCCUCUGUAAUGUAGGAGGUUGGCGGAUAGCUGAGGCAGCACAGCUGAUGGAUAUUGUCAAACGCCAACAGGCCACCUUUAAUGAUACAUUUAACGCAAUAAAAAAGCUGGACACAGAAUCACAGCUGGACUACUCAUCUUUGUUGAAGUCUGAGUAUAUGCUGAAGGACUACUAUUUGCAGCUAAAUUGCUUGAAUAAAGAAUCCGAUAAUGUUCUGAGAGAUUUAUCACUUCCCCAAAUGAAGAUUCGGAACUCGAUUAGGUCCAAACUGGUUAAUCUCACUUCUAGGAUUAAAGAGCUUACUAACAUGAUCCAAAUGAUGAAGCUCUACACAGUGAGGGGAAACAAUAAGAAUGCAGCUAUUGUUCGUAAACUUAUGAAUGACAGUAUGGAACGCGGUAGCUUGCUAGAGGAAAUCCAGUCAUUGCGCCAGGAAGUUUCCAGACUUGCCAUAGCCAAUACCCCUGUUGAUGAAGUCUCUGGUGCCCUAUCUACGCGUGAUAUUGACAGCACAGCUAUUGUAAAAGAGACCCUUACUUUGAAUGUGAAACAUCAGUUGGGAGAAUUCUUCAAGUCUAGGAUCUAA